UGCUCUCUCACAAGUAGAGUAGACACAACACAAGAGCAGGGAAGACACCACCACCUGCUCUGUCCACUCCCGGCGCGGCGGCGGCCAUGGAGGAGGACCAGAGCCCCCGGAGCAGGCCCGCCCACGACGACGCCGUGGCGGAAUGCAAGCACGACGUCUGUUGCGAGGAGGACCCCGAGAGCACCGGCGGCCCGAUCACCUCGCUGGAGCAGCCGCUGCUGAAGCGGAGCAACACGCUGACGGCCAGCCACCUCGCCAUGGUCGGUGCCAAGGUCUCCCGCAUCGAGAGCCUCGACUACGAGAUCAUCGAGAACGAUCUGUUCAAGCACGACUGGAGGAGCCGGUCGAACGUGGAGGUGCUCCAGUACAUCUUCCUCAAGUGGGCCAUGGCGUUCCUCAUCGGCCUCCUCACCGGUGUCAUCGCCUCCCUCAUCAACCUCGCCAUCGAGAACAUCUCCGGCCUCAAGAUGCUCCACAUGGUGCAGCUCGUCCGCGACAAAAGGUACUGGGCCGGGUUCUUGUACUUCGCCGGCAUCAACUUCGGCCUGACGUUCGUCGCCGCCGUGUUGUGCGUCGUGUUCGCCCCCACCGCCGCCGGCCCCGGCAUCCCGGAGAUCAAGGCCUACCUCAACGGCGUCGACACGCCCAACAUGUUCGGCGCGCCGCAGCUCAUUGUCAAGAUCAUCGGCAGCAUCGGCGCGGUGUCGUCGGGGCUGGACCUCGGCAAGGAAGGGCCGCUGGUGCACAUCGGCGCGUGCCUGGCGAACCUGCUGAGCCAGGGCGGCUCCGGUCGGCACCGGCUCCGGUGGCGGUGGCUGCGCUACUUCGACAACGACCGCGACCGGCGGGACCUGAUCACCUGCGGCGCGUCGUCGGGGGUGUGCGCGGCGUUCCGGGCGCCCGUCGGCGGCGUGCUGUUCGCGCUGGAGGAGGUGGCGACGUGGUGGCGGAGCGCGCUGCUGUGGCGCACCUUCUUCAGCACGGCCACCGUCGUGGUGGUGCUGCGCGGGUUCAUCGAGGUCUGCCGGAACGGGCGGUGCGGGCUGUUCGGCGAGGGCGGGCUGAUCCUGUUCGACGUCGGCGACGUGACCGUGCGGUACCACGCCGGCGACCUCCUCCCGGUGACCAUCGUCGGCGUGCUCGGCGGCGUGCUGGGCGCGCUCUACAACCACGCGCUCCACAAGGUGCUCCGGCUGUACAACCUCAUCAACGAGAAGGGGCGGGUGGCGAAGCUGGCGCUGGCGCUCGCCGUGUGCGCGCUCACGUCGGCGAUGCUGUACGUGUCGCCGUUCGCCGUGCCGUGCACGGCGUGCGACCCGGCGUUCGGCGAGGCGUGCCCGACGACGGGGAAGAGCGGCAACUUCAAGCGGUUCAACUGCCCGGACGGCCACUACAACGACCUGGCCAGCCUCCUCCACGCCACCAACGUGGACGCGACGCGGAACAUCUUCUCGACGGGCACCGCCGGCGAGUUCCGCCUCGACUCGCUGCUCAUCUUCUUCGCCGUCUACUGCGUGCUGGGGCUCUUCACCUUCGGCAUCGCCGUCCCGUCCGGGCUCUUCCUCCCCAUCAUCCUCAUGGGCUCCGCCUACGGCCGCAUCACCGCGCUGCUGCUCGCCCGCUUCGCCCGCAUCGACCACGGCCUCUACGCCGUGCUCGGCGCGGCGGCGCUCAUGUCCGGCUCGAUGCGGAUGACCGUCUCGCUCUGCGUCAUCUUCCUCGAGCUCACCAACAACCUCCUCCUCCUCCCCAUCACCAUGUUCGUCCUGCUCAUCGCCAAGACCGUCGGCGACGCCUUCAACCCGAGCAUCUACGAGAUCAUCCUCGACCUCAAGGGCCUCCCGUUCCUCGAGGCCAAGCCAGAGCCGUGGAUGAAAGACCUCACGGUCGGCGAGCUCGCCGCCGCCAAGCCGCGCGCCGUGACGCUCCAGGUGCUCGAGCGCGUCUCCACCGUCGUCGAGGCGCUCCGCUCCACGCGCCACAACGGGUUCCCGGUGCUCGACCGCCCGCGCCCGGGCGUCUCCGAGCUGCACGGCCUCGUCCUCCGCUCCCACCUCGUCGCCGUGCUCAAGAAGCGGUGGUUCUUGCCGGAGCGGAGGAGGACGGAGGAAUGGGAGGCGCGGGAGCGGUUCACCUCCGCCGAGCUCGCCGACAAGGCCGGCGACGUCGACGGCCUCGACUUCUCGCCGGAGGAGAUGGCGAUGUACGUGGACCUCCACCCGCUGACCAACACGACGCCGUACACCGUGGUGGAGACCAUGUCGGUGGCGAAGGCCGUCGUGCUGUUCCGCUCCGUCGCGCUCCGCCACAUGCUCAUCAUGCCCAAAUUCCAAGGCCCCGAGAUAUCUCCAAUUGUGGGGAUCUUGACAAGGCAGGACCUGAGGGCACACAACAUCCUGGGUGCAUUUCCACACCUGGCAAACAAGAGGAAAACACACUGAGGCACCAUUUUUGAUGGUUAAUCCAUGUUUAUUAUUGUCUUGGAGCAAGAACAUCAGAGUCAGUUGGUUAUACAUAUUCUAUAAGAUUUUUGAAUUCUUUUUCCCUUUUCUGCUAUUCUCUUCUCUGUAAGUAGAUUCAGGAUUAUUGCUUGCUUCUCUUGUGAAGGUGAUUGAAUAAUUGCAGCCCAUGUAAAAUCACAUAUGUACCUAUGCCUGACGAGAACACAACACAAUUGGUGGAAUAGAGAAAAUUCAUUUUU